GCCAUUUUCAAUUUCAAAAAAGUCAUUCCUUCAAAACUAUUGAGGAUACCAUUUUACUACCCCACGUGCAACAAACCAAUUCAAUUGUUCAACCCAGAAGCAUAGAAAAACAUGAACAAAAAUACAAAUUCUUGCAUAUUGGAUUGUCCAGGUAGGUGUCAGACACUCUCUCGCGAGGAUCAUGACACAUCAGUUUUACUCUGCCUGAGAGAAAGAGAAUACUUGAUUUUGAUUCUUCAAUUGAGUGUUCUUGAAUCUACUCUAGCUGAUGGCCCCGCUCAUUUUGAUUAUUAUCCAAACAUGAUCGUUUCUCUUGAAGAUCCAAAAAUUUUGCAAGUUCUAUCCCUCUAUAUAAAGUUUAACAAUUUGGAAAUACAAGGGGCUACUUUUCCAUUUGUCCUGAUGUAUAGGAUUCAUUACAAAUGUAUGCAAAACCCAGUCAACUCCGGAGCCAAAGAAACUAGCCGCGUUGGUCAAACACUUUUUAAGCAAACAAAGGUUAAAAGACCAGUCAGAGUCUUUAGUGGGAAUUCAACAACUGGCAGAACUAGGAUACCUGUGGUAUCCAAAAUGAUUAAAUGGAGUGAUGUCCAAUUCCCUGAGGAAUGGAAAUUCCGAGAUGAAAAUCCUCCAGAGUCACAAGAGUAUACAUCUCCUCCAAGGAUCGAGUUUCAGGGUGGCUUUCGCCCACAGUUCUAAAAGAUCCGAGUAAUGCUAUACAUUUCAACUUUGUGUCCUAAUUUUUGCUUCCUAAAUAAUGUUGUCAGUCUAUAAAGCAAAAAUCUAUGCACAAACAAGCAAAAUGGAAUUGGUUCACAGGCCUGACAGUGAAGAUCAUCUGUAACAGAAAGAGGAAGGAUGUAGCAGUAUUAAGAGAGUAUGUUGUCUGACAAUAAUGAAUUGAAUCACAGUUUGCUUAUAUUUUGUGUCUUAAUCAUGUAUCAGAAACUAUCUGUAUCAUAAGUUUCGUAGUGUGUUUGCCUGUAAGUUUGCUCAAAUUUCUAUGUUAUGAAAGUAUUUUUUUUCUGUUUUUC